AUGGAAGACAUUCACGGCGUCGACGUUUCAUGGCUACAUCACUCCAAUAGAGAUCAUCAUCACCGCCAGCGCGCUCCAUCCUCGCCAGGCCUCACCAGAGACGCCCCGCCUCGCACCUCCGCCCAUGGUGGCAUACCUCACGAAGCCCCAAACACAAAUGGCCACCCCAUAGAAAUCGCGCAUCCGUCCCCGAAACAUCCCUCGUCACCGCCUCCAUCCUCUCCGCCACCUUCCUCUGCGAAAACGCCCAUCAAACGUCCGACGAUACUAUCCCGAGGUAGCUCCGAGAAGCCCGGGAGCACGACUCCUCCCGACAAGACGAGCUUGAGGAGAGGAUCCUGGAUAUCGAGCAUUAGCUCUAAAUUCUCUUCACAGAAUUCGCCGGCGCAAACUACCCAUACGCAAGCGCAGGGCUCUCCCGCGACGCCGAAUGGUGCGCCUGGCACUACGUCAUCCGCCAACGGCGCACUGAAUGGCAUUCAACAGGCCGCAGGAGUAAACCAUGUCGGACACGAACCCUACGUGCCCCAACAGCCAAAAGGCUCGUUCAUUUCCAAUGCACUUCGCCGACUUUCUUCGGGGUCACAGGUUCCCAUGGGCAAGGCGGCCUGCCAGGGCGGAGUCUGCCCUCGGAGGGUCCUAAACGUUGACCGCAACCGUGAUCGAUGUCUAGUACCGGAGCUCGACCAGAGCAAGCUGAGGCGCGUAGCCUUCUGUGUGGAUGUGGAGAUUGCCGGAGGACCCCGGUACAAAGAUGACGUCGACAACGAUGAGAAGAAAAAACUACGCAAGGAUAAGAAACUGAAGGAACGAGCGGAAGGAGAGGCUUUGAAGCAUCCUGAAACCGUUGCCGCGGAGAAGGAGCAGAAUGGCGCUGUAACAGUCAACGGUCUUCAGGAUAAAGACAUAGUGGGAACGGAUGACAAACCCAGCGUAGAGGUUACUCCAGCCGUAGAAGAAGACAAGAAGGACUCAACCAAGAAAAAAGAGAAGAAGAAACGGUCAGAAGCUGAGCGCAAAGAGAGGAAGGAGAAGAAACGCCGAAAAGCUGAAGAGAACGGCACCGUCCCCUUGGAGUUGACGCGAGAAGACUCUGAUGACGCCUCCGACGAUAAAGUUGCAGACGUACCUGAAAAGAAGCCUUCACGACCACAGGAUCGACCGACUAUAGAUCCACUACGAAUAUAUAGGAGAUGUUGUCAGCUACGAGAGACACCCAUUCUUAAACGCAUCAGCGACCAGCUUGCAAACCCAAAGUCAUGCGCUGCCGCAACGCCCGGCAUAGUUUCAUGUUUGAACCUUACUGGCUCAAGGUUACAGCUUGCGGACAUCCAUACUCUCUCGGACUGGUUAGCAGUUGUGCCCGUCAAAAAACUCUUUUUGGAGGACGCAGAUCUCAACGACGAAAAAGUGAGAGUGAUUCUAGCAGGGUUGUUAGCCGCCAAGGUGCCAGAGGGCCCCAAAAGGCGAUCUAGUCAAGACAAAGUUGCCAAAGAUGGACAAGGGAAGACCGAGGACAGGCCGGGAGUCGUCAAGAAAUUGACUCUCAACAACAAUCCCAAAAUUGGCCCAGAGGGUUGGCGACACAUCAGUCUGUUCCUCUACAUGUGCAAGUCGAUCGAAGCACUCGACGUCUCCAUGAUUCCGUUCCCCAAAGCCAGGCCGCACAUUUCUCACCAAAACACAAACUCUUCCCAAACGUCUACCGCCAGUGGGCCGACAACUCUACCACCCAAGGACGUUGCAGAUACCUUUGCUAAAGCCAUCUCUGAGCGUCUAGGAGGAUCCACUUUGGAGGAGUUGGUGAUGGCUGAGUGCUCGUUGACUACACCAACUAUCCGAAAGAUCGUUGAUGGUGUUGUUAUGAGUGGCGUGAAACGACUUGGUCUUGCUGGUAAUGAUCUUGACAAAGAAGGGUUUAGCCAUGUAUUCCAUUACAUUAAAUCUGGAGUUUGUCACGGCCUUGACCUGGGAGGCAAUGACCUUUCAGAGGAGAUCGGGCGACUUGCGGAGUCACUGACCAAGGACAAUUCGAUAUGGGCUCUGAGUUUAGCAGAUUGCAAUCUCAGUCCUGAGUCACUCAAGAUCCUCUUCCCAGCGCUGGUCGCCCUUCCAGACUUCAAAUUUUUGGAUCUUUCACACAACAAAGACCUCCUAUCCCAUCAAACAUCACUGUUUUUACUACGGAAACACCUCCCACAAAUAAAGAAUCUGAAGCGUCUUCAUCUCGUGGAUGUAUCGCUUUCGACAGAGCAUGCCAUUGGUCUAGCGGAAAUCAUCCCAGAAUGUUCCCAACUUGCUCACGUCAACAUCCUUGAGAACCCUGCGAUUACUGCAGUCGCUAAGGCAACAGACGAAUCGACGCAAGAGGAAGCAGUUGCGCUGUAUGCAUCACUUGCAGUAGCGGCCAAAGUUUCCAAAGUCCUUGUUUGUAUCGAUGUGGAUGUUCCUGCGCCCGAAAGCAGUGAGCUCGUUAAAGCUGUUGCCAAACAAGUCGUGGCGUAUUGCUUAAAGAAUAUGGAGGCCAUCACCGAAAUCCCUGAACUCAAAUCCACUGCAGAGGAAGUGCCCUUGCCAGAUGUUCUGAUGCAUCUAAUUGGACAUGCCGAUGGCACCAACACAGUGGAUGACAAGACUCCAGCUGCACCAGACGAGGACUACAUCAUCGGCGGCACGGGUGUUGUCAAGGCGCUGUCUUACUGCCUAAUACAGAAGGCAACCGACCUGCGCCGACAUUCCCUACCGGCAAGUGGGACGCACACUCCGGGCAAAUCUGCGGAACAAUUAGAAGAAGCAGGCAAAGCGAAGAUGAUGUCCAAGAAUCUCCUGGAGAGUGCGCGCAACAUCAGAGAACGAGUCCAGCCUGCACUGUUCCGCGAAGCUAGGUCAGGCAAUGACAUGGCAUAUCGUCGUCUUUUGUUCCUAGACCAAACCCUCCAAGGCAUGAUUCAGCGCUUCGAAGAUGAAUACCCCGAAACACGCAUCUUACCUACUGAUGCUUCGUCUUCACAUAGCUCCGAACCUAGCAACUCACCCCCCGCGUCAUCCGUCCCAACUCUUUCAGCCAGCGUUGGUGACAUGACGAUCGCGGAUUCUGACGAAGACGAGCCCAAAGCGCUGCGCUCACGACAUAACUCCGAUGUAUCAUUGGCUUCACGAGCUCAGAUACUUGAAGAGGGCCAGCUCCAUCGCUUCAGUCACCGUGUGCGCACUGAGAUCAUGAACCCUUCACGCCCAAGCUCCUCCCAUUCAGACCAAGCUAUGAUGUCUGGCUCCAUGGACAAUGACGGUCUGCCCGACCACCUAGUCGCAAUCCGCGAACAAUUCUUCAACUACUCUGGGCAAGAGCUCAAAGACAUGAUCCAAGGCGUGGGGUUCACGAAAGCGUUCGACCAGAUAGUCGAGAACGCGGAGCAAUUGAAACAAUUGCAGAAGGAGAAUCCUGAAGAAUUCAGACUCUUCCGAGAAUCACAAAUCGCCGCCCUCAAGAACACAAAUCCGGACAUACAUUUCGAUGCCAAUGACGACAGCAACGACGUCGCUGUUGAGGAUUAA